GAGACCUCUCCGUUACUGUCGCCAGCCACUUCUCAUGAUGCACUACCACAGAUAGAGGAGCAGCAGCAGCAAUUAGUCGCCGCUGAGCGCAAGAUCGACAACGAUGUCCUCCCAGAAACGUCCACGGCUGGCCGUAACAUUGGCUGGGCUUCUGCAUACGUGCUGGUUAUUUCGAGGGUCAUCGGAUCUGGCAUAUUUGCCAUGCCAGGCACGAUUGUACAGAAUGUCGGCAGCCCUGGAUUGGCCCUGAUACUUUGGGUCGUCGGAGCCUUCGUCGCAUGGGCUGGUCUCGCAAUCGAUAUGGAGUAUGGAUGUAUGCUUCCUCGAUCCGGUGGUGUCAAGGUUUAUCUGGAGUACACCUAUCGGAAACCACGCUUCUUGACAUCAACAUUGGUCGCCGUGCAGGCUGUUCUGCUCGGGUUCACUGCAAGCAAUUGCAUUGUCUUCGCCAAGUACACUCUUUUCGCCGCUGAUGUACAUCCGAAUGACCUAAACACCAAACUCCUUGCUGUCGGACUGCUGACGUGGAUCACGAUCGUGCACAGUUGCUUCUACAAGACCGGAAUCUGGAUUCAAAACAUUCUAGGUUGGCUCAAGAUAGGCUUGAUCAUCUUCAUGAUCCUGACAGGUCUCUUUGUGGUGCUCUUUCGCCCGCGGCCGGCGCCUGCGCCGGACCAAACACCUUCGACUAUGGCCUGGGAUGACCUUUGGGAUGGCUCGGUCUGGGGCUGGAAUAACUUGUCAACAGCAUUCUUCAAGAUCCUUUACUCAUACGCUGGAUUGAACAAUGUCAACAAUGUCCUCAACGAAGUCAAGAACCCCGUGCGGACUCUCAAAUCUGUUGGGCCUAUCGCGCUCCUGACUGCUUGCGUCAUGUAUAUUCUGGUCAAUAUUGCAUAUCUUGCUGUGGUCCCCCUGGAAGAGGUUAGACGAAGCAGAGAGCUAAUUGCGGCUCUCUUUUUCGAACGAGUCUUUGGAGCUGGAUUUGGCAAUAUAUUUCUGCCACUGGCUAUUGCGCUAAGCGCUGCCGGGAAUGUCAUGGUGGUGACUUUUGCGCUGGCAAGGGUUAAUCAAGAGGUCGCAAGGCAAGGGUUUCUCCCUUGGGCCGGGCUUCUGGCAUCCUCGAAACCAUUCGGCUCACCCAUGGGCGGCUUGAUAGUGCACUAUGUGCCGUCAGUGCUGGUCAUCGUUCUGCCUCCUUCAACUACAGUCUACUCUUUCAUUGCGGAUGUGGAAGGCUACGCAGGCCAGUUCUUCGCUCUUGCGGUGGCUGCCGGUCUAAUCAUUCUUCGUUAUAAGAAGCCAGACCUCCACCGACCUUUCCGAGCCUGGAUACCCGCUGUGUGGCUCAGAAUCUCGCUUUGCUUUUUCUUGAUCGCAGCACCUCUGUUUCCACCUAAGAAAGGGACAUCCGACGUCAACUUCUUUUAUGCAACUUAUGCACUGGUCGGCAUCUCCAUCCUGGUGUUUGGAGUUGCUUAUUGGUUCAUUUGGACCAAAGCAUUACCAUGGUAUCGGGGCUAUAGAUUGGAGGAAGAGGCUGAUGUCCUCGGGGACGGUACAACCAUCACCAAACUUACGUAUGAGAGACCAUACGACGCACUGGAUGUGACCGUCCAUGACAUUCGAGGGGAAGAGAAGAAUUAUACCCUUGACAAGAACGGAUUCGAGGUCUUCCGCCGGGAGAGCGUAGAGAAGGACUUUGUCGACGACGAGCAGAUCAAGGCUCAGUACUACCCGGAGAUUGAGCAGCUGUUGAAGGACGCGACCGGUGCCUCUCGCGUCUUCAUCUUUGAUCACACCAUCCGUCGUGCCCCCAAAGACCGCGCUCAACAGGGUAUCAACCUGCGGGGCCCCGUCAACCGGGUCCAUAUCGAUCAGAGCUACACCGCGGCCAAGAGCCGUGUCCCCCACCACCUACCUGAAGAGGCUGAGAAGUUGCUCUCUACUCGAUACCAGAUCAUCAAUGUCUGGCGACCGAUCAAGAAGAUCUUGAAAGAUCCGCUCACAGUCGCUGAUGCUCACUCGGUGCCGGAGACAGACCUCGUCCCUGUUGGCUUGAUCUAUCCUGACCGCCGUGGCGAGACAUUGACGGUUCGACCUAACCCUGAGCAUAAGUGGUAUUACCUGUAUGGACAGAGCCCCGAGGAAGCUCUUCUGAUCAAGUGCUUUGACUCGAAGCUCGAUGGAAGGGCCAGGAGAGUGCCUCACACUGCGUUUGUCAAUCCAGAGACGGUGAAUGAGUAUUCACGAGAGAGUAUCGAGGUCAGGUGCUUGGUUUUCCACGAGGACCAGCCUGCCGAGUGAGGCCCGAUGACUUAGCUUACCUAUGGCUUUCUUCUAGUCUGUCUUUCAAUAUGAUCAUAUGUCCUUGAAGUUCCUGGGCUGUACGAGUAUGGCAGAGGAGAUACGAGUAGUAUGAGUAU